UUCCCCACAUAUUAUUGGGAAAAAGACUGUCAGACAGCUAUUCUUCUUCUUCUUCUCCUCGCGGUUUGCCCCUCUCAACCAUGGAUUCCACUCUAAGAGGCUUGGCAGUUGUGAUCAUGGGUGUCUCUGGUUCAGGCAAAUCAACAAUAGGAGCGUUGCUAGGAAAGGCCGUGAAUUGCAGUUUUCUGGACGCCGACGAUUUCCAUCCACAAUCAAACAAAGAAAAGAUGGGUAAAGGGAUACCAUUAUCGGAGGAAGACAGGAUCCCCUGGCUCGAAACACUCCGUGACACACUCCAAAGGCACAUAAGCAAUAGCAAAAAUGUAAUUCUUGCGUGUUCGGCUCUACAAAAGAGAUACAGAGAAAUCCUUCGAAUGGCCGAUCCUGAUUACAACAAACUGACAAGUGAAGUUGGCGGCGGCGGCGGCGGUGGUGGUGGUGGCAUUAAGUUUGUUCUGUUGGAUGCUGCGGCGGAUGUAUUAGCAGCUCGACUUAAAAAAAGGGAAGAGGAAGGGAAUCAUUACAUGCCUGCCUCACUUUUGAGGUCUCAAUUGGACUUGCUUCAGAUUGAUAUGGCUGAAGGGAUAUUUACAGUUGAUGCUACUUUGAGCGCUGAUGUUAUCGUGCAUACCAUUAUGACUAAUUUUUUGUUCAAAUGAUGUUCUUAUGAACUGAGGUUAUGAGAUUUAUUACUUCAUUUUCACAAGAAGGGAGGAAAUGAUGUAAUUUAGCUUCUUUUUUUUUUUUUUUUUGGGUAAAAAUGAUGUAAUUUAGGUACUACUAUAUAUUGAAAUAAAUUGAAAAUAGAUGAGGA